CAUUUUCCUAUUCUCUGUCUUACCAUUAAUAAGGGAAUCAACAUUACAUGUGCAAAGAAAUAGGGGACCAUUAAAAGGUCCAGUGGAGAAACUAAAAUAACAAAAGAAAGAUACAGAAGACUUUUCAGCAUAGACAGUCCCAUAACACUUGGACAAUAUUCAUAUAGCUAUCCAGUUCAGGGCUCACUUGAAUAAACUAAGAACAUACCGGUUUUCCCUCACCAUCCCCUUUCUCUUCAAAUCCAAAGCUACUCAGUAAACCACAAAAAAAAAAAAAAUGGCAGAGGCUGCUGUGUUGGGACUUCUAUCCAACUUCGCCCCCUAUCUCCAAGAAGAGUUCAACUUGUUGGGCGGAGUACGGGAAGACAUUGAAUACAUAAGAGCCGAAUUCGAGCGCAUGACCCAUUUCCUCAGAGUUGCUGAUGCUAUAGAAGAUAGAGACCCGAAAAUCAAAGUAUGGGUGAAGCAAGUUCGAGAAGCUGCAUAUGACACUGCUGAUGCUCUUGACAUGUACAUGCUUCGCCUCAGAUAUAGACAUCAUCGGAGCACCGGAUUCCGCACGUUCGUACAUAAGGUUUCUUUUUUUAUAAAGACUUUAAAAGCUCGCCACCAAAUUGCUUCUGAAGUGAAAGGAAUCAAGUCCAGAAUCAUCAAUAUUUCUGAGGGACAUCAGCGAUAUAGUGACGUGCAUGGCAAAAAAGAGCAAGGCUCAAGUUCUACUCAUUCAGACAUCGCAUGGUAUCAUUGUCGUGGCGAUGCCCUUCUACUCCAAGAAGCCGACCUUGUGGGCAUUGACAAUCCCAAAUCACACUUGAUUCAGUUGCUAGUGGAUGAGGAUCCUCAACUCAAGGUGCUUUCUAUAGCUGGAAUGGGCGGAUUGGGCAAAACCACCCUUACAAAAAAAGUCUAUGACGACGCAACAGUGAAGAGGCACUUUCAGAACCAUGCUUGGAUCACUGUUUCUGAAUCAUUCAAGGUCGAAGAGCUUUUAAAAGACAUGAUUCGAGUUCUCUUUGAAGAAGUCAGGCAACCAAUCCCACGAGGAGUGGACAGUAUGGAUACAAACAGCUUGAAAGGUAUAAUUAAUGCCUUUUUGCAGCAAAAGAGGUAUGUGCUUGUUUUUGAUGAUGUAUGGCAAAUUGAUGCAUGGCAAGUUUUAAAAAUCAUACUUCCUGAAUGCAAUUGCGGCAGUCGAGUAAUUUUGACAACAAGAAAUGUAGAUUUAGCAUCUUUUGCUAGUGAAGAAUAUCAUGGCAUGGUGUAUAAUCUCAAGCCCUUGCCUCCCAAAGAGUCAUGGGCCUUGUUUUGCUCAAAAACGUUCAAGGAGAAUUCUUGUCCUUCAUACUUGGAAGAUCUUUCUAAAAAAAUCUUGGGAAAAUGCGAAGGGUUACCACUUGCAAUAGUGGCAAUUUGUGGUCUGUUAUCAACAAAGGAGAAGAGUGCGGACGAGUGGGAGAGGAUUUACCGCGGCCUAGGUGCGGAACUAGAAGGAAAUGACAAACUCAUGAGCAUGAAAAAGAUAUUGUCCCUCAGUUAUUUUGAUUUGCCUUACUAUCUUAAGCUAUGUUUUUUGUACUUGAGUGUUUUUCCAGAAGAUUGUCUCAUUGAUCAUUCGAGGUUAAUUCGGUUGUGGGUGGCGGAAGGGUUUAUAGAAGUUAAAGAAGGAAUGACAAAAGAAGAAGUUGCUGAGGGCUACCUCAAUGAGCUUAUGAACAGAAGUUUAGUUCAAGUGUCAAAAGUCAAGGACCGGGGAAGGUUCAGAGCUUAUCGGAUCCAUGACCAUUGGCGUGAAAUGAUAAUUGCGAAGUCAAGAGAGCAAAACAUUGUCACAAUAGCAAGUGAAAGAGGUAGAGUGUGGCCUGAGAAAUUGAGACGCCUCUCGGUCCACCAUAAUUUGGAAGACAUUCAACAAAGCAUCUGUUUCACACGCCUUCGUUCUUUAUUCAUGUUCAGCACAACAAAUUCAUUGUCCAUGUUGUCAAAGGUUGCAUCCUUAGGCAAGGGUGUAAGACUACUUACGGUGUUAGACUUGAGAGGAGCACAAUUGGAAACAUUCCCGCAUGAAGUUGUGGACCUCCGUAAUCUUACUUAUCUAAGUUUGAGGGCGACCAAUGUAAAAAUGAUCCCGAAAUCGAUCGGAAAACUCAAGAAGCUAGAGACAUUGGAUCUGAAACAAACAAAUGUCACCGAAUUGCCUGAUGAGAUCCUGAAGCUCAAACAUCUUCGCCAUCUCUUGUUGUAUCGUUACGACACCGGCGAUUGUUAUUAUCCUUUUCACCUUAUAAUUGGCUUCAAAGCCCCGGCCGGAAUAGGAAGUUUGUUGUACUUGCAGAAACUAUGUGCUAUUGAAGCAAAUCGAGGGAGUAAUAGUGGCAUUGUGCUAAGAGAGGUGGGGAAGCUAACUCAAUUGAGGAGAUUGGUCAUUGUAAAGCUACAGAAGGAAGAUGGGACGGUGCUAUGUUCAUCCCUUGAGAGGCUAGACAACCUUCGCUCAUUGGAAGUUUGUGCAAUAGAAGAAGAUGAGAUCAUUGAUUUAGAUUCUUUGACUUUGCCACCCCGACUUCUUCUUCGAGGACUCUAUCUAAGAGGACGUUUGGAGAAGAUACCGCAUUGGAUACCAUCUCUUCACAACCUGAAAAGAUUAUUCUUAGGGUGGAGUAAGUUAAGAGAUGUUGAUCCACUGCAUUCCCUUCAAGAUUUGCCCAAUUUGCUUUGUCUUGAACUUAGCACGGCAUAUGAAGGAGAUGGAUUGUUUUUCAAGGCCGGUGGAUUUCAAAAGCUUAAAAUAUUGUUGUUGAUUCGCUUAGUAGGAUUGAAACGGGUGAGAGUGGAGUCUAGUUCGAUGCCUCUUCUUGAAAAGCUCAUUCUUCGAGACUGUAAAUUGAUGAUGGAGUUGCCCUCGGGUGUUGAACAUCUGGCCAAUCUUAAAGAUCUUGAAUUGAAUGAUAUGUCGGAAACAUUAAUUUCGAGGUUGAAUAGAGACUUACAAGGUGGAGACUAUUGGAAAAUUGCACACGUCCCUAAGGUUUUCAUUGGGAGGGCCUCCAACUCUGGUUACUUCAUCCGUCGUUAUCUAUGAUACAGUAGAAUGGGUGGGGAUGAGGAUCUUCGAAAUUGGGUCAUCCCCGUUAUUGAUGUGCCCUUUUUUCCUCAUAUUUUUUUGUCGUUUGUUAGAGCUUGAAAACUUGUUUGUGUAAUCAUGUUGUCAAUUGUAGAUAUUUCUUAUGCGUACUUUUUUUUGUCUUGAAUUGAUUGCUUUAUCGUGAACCUAAUAUUUGAUGUAAUAAUAAGCUUGGCAGAAUUUAGAACUUCAAA